CCCUGCAACGUUUCAGCGGGCCAUGAAUAUGGCCUUCGCUGAGUUCGUUAACAAAACCCGACUAACCCAGCCCCUGAUCAAUUUCUGCGUGAUUGUGUACAUGGAUGAUAUUUUGGUCUUUUCAAAAACACACGAGUACCGCGUGGAACACAUUGAGUGGGUUUUGCAUGCACUGAAAGAUGCGGGGUUCAAAGUGGCCUUGGAGAAAAGCGAGUUCUUCUUGUCGGAGAUCUCAUUCUUGGGGUACAUCGUCACGGUCGAUGGACUAAAACCGGAUCCGAGGAAGGUGGCAGCAGUUCAAGACGCCCCGGCGCUGGUCACACUCACCCAGGUUCGGGCUUUUCUAAGGCUGGCAUCCUAUUACGGACGCUUCAUCAAAGGGUUCGCCGGCAUAGCGAAGCCCCUCACGAACCUGCUGAAGAAAGAGGAACAGCUGAUCUGGACGCCGGAAUGCGAAGCGACGUUUCAGGCGUUGAAGGAGGCUCUGACAUCUGCUCCUGUGUUGGCGCGCCCCGACCCGACAAGACCGUUCGCACUGUACGCAGACUGGCAGCCUCAGGCGAUAUCGGCGGUGCUGACUCGGCACGGCAAGGACGAAAGGGAGCACGUCAUUGAGUAUGCGUCCAAGACGCUGAGCCAGGCGCAGGCUAAUUACGAAGCAUGCAAAGGCGAAUGUCUGGCGGUGGUGUGGGGGAUUCAUCACUUCCGACCGUAUCUGUACGACCAGAAAUUCGUGCUGCUCACGGAGGACCCUUAUCCCAUGCGCGAGUUCUCGAAGUAUUUAGUGGAGCUAACUGACGUGGAGCCGCUGCCUUUCGUCGACGAAGACGCGUGGGAGUUGCACCGAGCGUUGUACAAGUCGGUGACGUUGGGGAUGUUCCGGUUCUUCGUGGAGCACGAAGACCACUGCAUCGGGGAUCACUUCGUCGUCUACUACGUCAUCACGCGGCCCAAGCCAGCGGAGAAGGAAGGGACGGUCGCGCUGUACCCAUUCGCCCAGCUCCAGACGAUCGAUCCGAGAUUGUUGGAGCUCAUACACCUUGAGCUCCUCUCCAUUGCGCAGGUGAUCGCGAGUGAGGAGGAGGAGAUCCAACCGCGAUUGCGGACGACGACGGCCCCACGGAGAACGUACAAGGCGGUCGUCAUCCCGGAUUACAUUGCACAGCGCGCGGAGAGAUUGGAGGACUUCCCGGAGGAAAGGCCGUUGCGGCCUCCCUCGUCGUAUCCCCGACCGGCGCCACCUAAGGCCCCCAAGAAGACGCCGAAGAGGAAGAGACACCACCCAUCGCCAGGGGCGCAAGGCAGCAGGAUCGGCGGCGGCGAGGAGGUGAUUCAGUCUACACGUCCGCGGAAUCCGGACCCCGUGCCUGGGAGUGCGGCGACGCUUGUUAAGGAGGUUGUCGUGCCAUCGCCGCCCGUUCCGCAUGUGCCCGAUCUCAACCGUGAUGGAGCCGGGCCAUCAUCAGCAGCAGCAGCCGGAGGAGGAAGCCGAAUGGGAUUACCGGAUCCCAUAUCCAGACCCCCCGUCCUCGCGGGACCUCUCCGUUCCCGCCAGCCACCCCGGGCUGCCCCGGUCAUUGACAUUAGUAGUUCAGCCGAGCCGGACGGUCCAUCCGACCGAGGUGGACUUCAUGGUGGAGCCCGCCACCAUCAGGCUCGAGGCCAUCGCGGGGGCGCCGCGCCCUGAUCCGGCGUGGGAGCCAUAUCUGACACCCCCUUUUCAAGGGUGUAUUGCGGCACGAUUGGCU